UUUCACUUCAUAUGCAUCGGUAAAUUCACCGCUCUAAGAACAGAACAGAAUGAACAAAACCACCGAAAUUGUGGCCAUUGAAGAAACACCACAAUCACCCAAACAACCCACACCAAACCCCCUUCUCUCUUUCUUCUCCAACCUCAACUUUCAUUUUGAACUUCCUUUCUUCCCACCUAAACCAAAAUCACAACUUGAAGAACCCCCAAAACAGGCCCAGGUGAGUCCCAGCUCCAAGCCCAACGUUGUACGCUUUCCCAAAACCCAGGUUGUGGUUCCUCCAUCUCUCGAGGCCGAGCCUGAUGCUGAUCAAUCCUCCACAAAGACUUCCAAUCCUAUCAUUCUCUGGCAGGUUUAUGUAUUAGGAGGGAUCAUUAUUUCAAGAUGGAUUUGGGCAAGGUGGAAUGAGAGGAAGGGUGGAGGGAGGCCCCCCAAUGAUGAGAGCGCUGAAGGAAGAAGGCCUUCUGAUGAUGGCCGUCGAUCCUCAGACAAUGAAUAGAAAUUUUCAUUAGCUGUGUAUACGGUGCUAUCUCCAUAUUCACAGAUUCUCUGUAUCAAUGGAUACUUGUUUCGUUUGCUAAAGCCAUAUAAGAUGCUUUUUGUUAUAUACCAAUAGUUGC